AAAAAACAAGUGGAAAACACAACACAGCGACACGCGGCGAGGCCGCUCGCCUUUGCGCUUCAAGUCACGCCAAAAGCGGCCGCUUCGCUCGGCGUUCGUCGUCCGACGCGAGCCCAAAGCGGUCGACACGCAGCGUCAAAAUGGAGAAAAGAGAAAGGAGGCUGUAGCUUGUUGGCUAAAGCUAACGAGCGGCACAAAGAGAAAAAAAGGCUUCAUCGUGCGGAAACUUGCACGCAUUUUGCUCUCGAGCACACGUUCGAGCCAUGUGCCCAAAACGUUUUGCUUUCGAGCGAGACGUUCGUACAUUGGCACGUCACGGCGUCAACUGCCUGGCGUACGAUGAGGCCAUCAUUGCACAGCAGGACAGAAUUCAACAGGAGAUAGCCAACAAUAACCCGUUAGUGUCGGAAAGAAAGCAACUGUCCGUUCUUCAGGGCGAGUACUCCGAGGAGGACACGGUUUAUCAGCUCAAGAUCAAGGACUUGCACAAAAAGUACUCGUACAUCCGCAAGACGAGACCGGACGGCAAUUGUUUCUACAGGGCCUUCGGCUUUGCGCAUCUGGAAUCGCUGCUGGAUGACGGCAAGGAACUGCAGAAGUUCAAAGAGGUGGCGGCCAAAAGCAAAGUGGACCUGGUCGAUCAAGGAUUCACCGAGUUCACCAUCGAGGACUUCCAUCACACCUUCAUGGACCUGAUCGAACUGUGCGAAAAGCAGCCGAGCUUGAAGGAGCUGCUGAGGUCCUUCAAUGACCAGAACGUGUCGGACUACGUGGUGGUGUACCUGCGGCUGCUCACCUCGGGCUACCUGCAGCGGGAGCACGCCUUCUUCCAGCACUUCAUCGAGGGGGCGCGCUCCGUCAAGGAGUUUUGUCAGCAGGAGGUGGAGCCCAUGUCGAAAGAAAGCGACCACAUUCACAUCAUCGCCUUGGCCCAGGCCCUGAACCUGUCCAUCCUGGUGGAGUACAUGGAUCGAGGAGAGGGAGGGACGGUCAACCAUCACGUCUUCCCCGAAGGCGGCGACCCGCGCAUCUUCCUGCUCUACAGGCCGGGCCAUUACGACAUCUUGUACAAAUAGAAGCCGCGCUUGGCGUCCGUUCGUCAUGAACAAAAAAAUUAAUCGAUACAGUUCAUGCCCCACCCCCAGUUAGCACCAAAUAUCUAAAGGAAACAUGGUUGAGAAAAUAGAAAAGUGACUCCAGGUAUUUAGAGUUGUACAGGUUUCUUUUGUGGUUGUAAAUGUUAAUCUACUUGCUUUUGUUGGAUUCUGCGUUUCAAUUGAGUUUUAUUAAAGGGAUUUGCAUCUUAA